AUGGCUGCAAUCCAAUACGCCCCCUUCUCUUCCGAGAUCGAGCUCCCCUUCUACGCCGCCCUAUUCUCCUCCAAGCUCGAGCAUGACAAACUGGACGACUCGGCGCGUAGGGUUCUGGGCCAGUACACCCCACUGCCCGUUGACCCGGCCCAAAGCUGCAGGAUGUCAAUCCUUGGCAACGCCCUCACAGCCGACCAGACUGAUGAGGAGAGCAGGCCCAACGAUGAGCACGUCCGCGGCGAGGGUUGGAUCAAGAACGUCAACACUAUCGAGGACUUUAAGAACACAGACAAGCAAGCGAUGCUGAAGCUUGCCGCUCGCCAUAUCUGGGACGCCAUAAACGAUGGCACGAUUUAUUCUGUCCCCUCGCUUCUGUCCUCGUUUGCGAUCCUCUCCUACGCAGACCUCAAGAAGUACCGAUUUACAUACUGGUUCGCAUUCCCCGCCCUCCACUCAGACCCUCAGUGGAAGCGGACAGGUCCGAUCGGCCGCCUCGAUCCCAAGGAGAGCACGGCGCUCGUCGAUCGCGUAGGCACCUGGGCAGCGAACCGCGACAAGAGGCAGAACGGCUUCUUCCUUGCUAAGAAGGCCCGUGGUACAGAUGUCAGCGACCUAGACAAGGACGCUAACAGCGACUUGCACGACCUGAAUGAUACCUUUGGCUAUGUCUGGGAGGUGGCAAAUCUUGGCGACUUUGAGAACGGCUUCUUCGACGACGUCGCCGAGGAGGAUCGUUACGUUGCGUUUGUAGACCCGUCGACGUAUCCCGAGAACCCGUCAUGGCCUCUUCGCAACUUGCUUUGGCUUGUCCGUCAACGCUUCAAGCUGACCAAGGUGCAAAUCCUGUGCUAUCGCGACAUCAGGGCUAGCAGACACGCUGCCAGAAGCAUCAUUCUGCCCCUGGAGAUGGAUCCCGUCGAACCGCUCGCGGUAGCCGAAAUGCCAAAGGUCACGGGCUGGGAGAGAGACGCGGAAGGAAAGCUUCGCGCCAGAGUCGCAAACCUCGGCGAGUACAUGGAUCCGACGAGGCUGGCAGAUCAAUCUGUGAAUCUGAACCUCAAGCUCAUGAAGUGGCGAAUUUCACCCAACCUGGACCUGGAUGCAAUCAAGAACACCAAGUGUCUGCUUCUGGGCGCUGGCACAUUGGGAAGUUACGUAUCGAGGAAUUUGAUGGGAUGGGGCGUGCGAAAAAUCACAUUCGUCGACUAUGGCCGUGUCUCAUACUCAAACCCCGUACGCCAACCUCUCUUCAACUUCGAGGACUGCUUAGAAGGCGGAAAGCCUAAGGCCGUUCGCGCAGCGGAGGCGCUCAAGGAAAUUUAUCCCGGCGUUGAAAGCGAGGGCCACGUUUUAUCUGUACCGAUGGUUGGCCACCCCUUCACUGACGAGGCGAAGACCAGGGGCGACUUCGACAAGCUGAAGAAGCUCAUCGACGAUCACGAUGCUAUAUUUCUCCUGAUGGACAGCCGUGAGUCGAGAUGGCUUCCAAGCGUCCUAGGCAAAGCUGGAGGCAAGAUCGUAUUGAAUGCCGCGCUUGGGUUCGAUUCCUACGUGGUCAUGAGGCACGGAGCUGAGCCGGAGAAUGUCCAGGCGGAUGAUAAGGAGCGUGCGACGUUGGGCUGCUACUUCUGCAAUGAUGUAGUUGCACCCGCUGAUUCACAGAAGGACCAGACACUCGACCAGCAGUGCACAGUUACACGGCCAGGUGUUGCCCCUAUGGCGUCAGCAGCAGUCGUGGAGCUCUUCGCGAGUCUUCUUCAACAUCCUCUCAAGCAUCAUGCCAAGGCGCCUCAUACGCAUGAUGCUGAGAAUGACCCUGUUGAUCAUGCCCUCGGCUUGGUCCCUCACACAGUCCGUGGCUACGUGCACAACUUCAGCACUAAAGUGAUCCGCGGCCAGUCAUACCCCUGCUGCAGUGCUUGUAGCCCUCCGAUUCUGGACGCCUACAGACAGGACGGCUGGGGCUUUGUCAAGAGAGCGCUGCAGGAGAAGGACUAUGUCGCGGAGCUCUCAGGUCUCGCUGAAGUACAGCGGGAGGCCGAGAGACGGGCAGCUGCGAUGGACGACUGGGAAGAUGAAGAGGAGGGUGCUGACGAGGGAGACGGAGAGCUGCUUUAA